AUGCCACAUGACCAAAGCGUCCCCUGCAGGGACAGAGGCAUCCUGACCUCAACGUCACCAACCCCAGCCCAGACGCUCCUCCUGCACCAAAGGUCCCAGACGAGGCAGACAGGGCAGAGGAUCUUACUCCCCGCCAGGGCCUGGUGUCCGGGGAGUGGCUGGGCUCCGAGCAUCCAGGUACCCCGGGCAGGCUGUGAGCCCGCGCCAGAGAAGGGGGAGAAGUCCAUGGACCCGAACACCUGGGUCCAGCAUCGCGUUCAGCGCUAGAAGUCCACGUCCACGGAAGGAUGCCGCUGCUGGGGGCCAGCCCUUGGAGCCAGUCGGGGGAAGCGGCAUGGAGGGGAGGGCUGCCGAGCCUUGGGACCUGGAGUUCGAGAUUCCGGGGGCGGCCGGAUGUGGACUGCACUUGCGGACGGCUCGCUGCAGUCUCGCCAAGCCGACUGCGGAUCUGCCAUCCGCCAGAAGCUCAGUGGCCUGGACCUGACUGCCCUGUGUCCGGCCCGCCACCUGCUGACACCCCCCGUGGCCGUCUUCUGCCUGUCCGGCACGCCGAUGGCGCCCAACGCCUCCUUUCCCUGUCUCAAGCCCCCUGCCUCGCUCUCAGGAAUCUGGACCAUCUACCCAGAUGGCCGCUUCGGUAACCAGAUGGGGCAGUACGCCACGCUGCUGGCCCUGGCCCAGCUCAACGGUCGCCAGGCAUUCAUCCUGCCUGCCAUGCACGCCGCGCUCGCCCCCGUGUUCCGCAUCAGCCUGCCCGUGCUCGCCGCUGAGGUGGACAGCCGCACGCCGUGGCGGGAGCUAGAGCUGCACGACUGGAUGUCGGAGGACUACGCACACUUGAAGGACGCCUUCCUGAAGCUUACGGGCUUCCCCUGCUCCUGGACCUUCUUCCACCAUCUCCGCGCCCAGAUCCUCCGGGAGUUCACCUUGCACGACCACCUACGGCAGGAGGCCCAGGGUCUCCUGAGCCAGCUCCGCUUGGGCCGCCUGGGGGACCACCCUCGCACCUUCGUGGGGGUCCACGUGCGCCGUGGGGACUACCUGCAAGUCAUGCCCCAGCGCUGGAAGGGGGUGGUGGGCGAUCGCGCCUACCUCCAGCAGGCUAUGGACUGGUUCCGGGCACGGCACGAAGCCCCCGUCUUUGUGGUUGUCAGCAAUGGCAUGGCCUGGUGUCGGGAGAACAUCGACACCUCCCGUGGGGACGUGAUCUUUGCUGGCGAUGGGCAGGAGGGCUCGCCGGGGAAGGACUUUGCGCUGCUCACGCAGUGUAACCACACCAUCAUGACCAUUGGGACCUUCGGUUUCUGGGCCGCCUACCUGGCUGGUGGAGACACGGUCUACCUGGCCAACUUCACCCUGCCUGACUCCAACUUCCUGAAGAUCUUUAAGCCAGAGGCCGCCUUCCUGCCCGAGUGGGUGGGCAUUAAUGCUGACUUGUCUGCCCUCCAGUCGCUGGCGGGGCUGUGA